CACCAAGGUGAGUGAUGGGUGUGGGGUGGAGUGCCCUCGUAUCCACCCACCUAUGCGUCCUGGUUCUGUCUGGAGGCACCAGGGCCAGGUGACAAAACGUCCAGGCGAGGCCGCAGUAGGGCCUAAGGUCAAAAAGAGCAAUGCUGAAUCCUACAUCCUGGGGCCCUCCUGACACGUAGCUUAAGGCUCUGGGCUCAUGACCCACAUUGUAAGGAUGAGUGGGGUAAAGCCUAUCCACAUCUGGGCUGUGAACUCCAGAAGCGGCGGACCGAAGCAGCUGUGCAUGAAGACCGCAGGGAAGGAGGAAGGGAGCCGAGGAGGCCCAAGAGCGGCGGGCGACCUGACGCCACCCUGCCCUCCCAGCCAGAGGGGCAGGGGGGAAGCCCCGCGCGCGGCGCCGGUGCAGCCCGGGCUUCCGGGGAGGCGCGCGCGGCCGGGGGGCGGGGCGGGGGCCGAAGCACCGCCUACGUCGGGCUGCGUGACAAUGGGGCCGGCCGCAGAACGCAGCUGCGGCGGCUGCGGGUCUCGUGGGGGCGGAGUGGUCGCCGCUGCCGCCGCAGCUCGGGUCGGGAUUUGAAAGAUUAGAAACUCCGGGUGGAGAGGGCGGCGGCGUUGAAUGUGUGGCGGAAGCGCUGGGGGUCACCGCUCCGCGCGCCGCCGGGCAGCCGGCGGCGUCUCCACAGCAUGAAUUACUCGGGCCGCGGGUCCCCACGGAGCCCCGAGCAUAACGGCCGAGGCGGCGGCGGCGGCGCCUGGGAGCUGGGCUCAGACGCGAGGCCAGCGUUCGGCGGCGGCGUCUGCUGCUUCGAGCACCUGCCCGGCGGGGACCCGGACGACGGCGACGUGCCCCUGGCCCUGCUGCGCGGGGAACCCGGGCUGCAUUUGGCGCCGGGCACCGACGACCACAACCACCACCUCGCGCUGGACCCCUGCCUCAGUGACGAGAACUAUGACUUCAGCUCCGCCGAGUCGGGCUCCUCGCUGCGCUACUACAGCGAGGGUGAGAGCGGCGGCGGCGGCGGCGGCGGCGGCAGCUCCUUGUCGCUGCACCCGCCGCAGCAGCCUCCGCUGGUCCCGACGAACUCGGGGGGCGGCGGCGCGACAGGAGGGGCCCCCGGGGAAAGGAAACGUACCCGGCUUGGCGGCCCGGCGGCCCGGCACCGCUAUGAGGUAGUGACGGAGCUGGGCCCGGAGGAGGUACGCUGGUUCUACAAGGAGGACAAGAAGACCUGGAAGCCCUUCAUCGGCUACGACUCGCUCCGCAUCGAGCUCGCCUUCCGGACCCUGCUGCAGACCACGGGUGCCCGGCCCCAGGGCGGGGACCGGGACGGCGACCAUGUGUGCUCCCCCACGGGCCCAGCCUCCAGUUCCGGAGAAGAUGACGAUGAGGACCGCGCCUGCGGCUUCUGCCAGAGUACGACGGGGCACGAGCCGGAGAUGGUGGAGCUUGUGAACAUCGAGCCUGUGUGCGUGCGGGGCGGCCUCUACGAGGUGGAUGUGACCCAAGGAGAGUGCUACCCGGUGUACUGGAACCAGGCUGAUAAAAUACCAGUAAUGCGUGGACAGUGGUUUAUUGACGGCACUUGGCAGCCUCUAGAAGAGGAAGAAAGUAAUUUAAUUGAGCAAGAACAUCUCAAUUGUUUUAGGGGCCAGCAGAUGCAGGAAAAUUUCGAUAUUGAAGUGUCAAAAUCCAUAGAUGGAAAAGAUGGCAGUGGGAUCAACUAUUCUGUUGUCUACCACCUCCCUCCCUUCUCCCUCCCUUCUCUGUUCAAAUGGAGAAGAUAUAAGGAGAGUACAGAUGCGACAGGUCUUAAACGAAAGCAUUCCCAAGCUGUUCAUAGUUUCAAGUUGAGUCGAAACCAUGUGGACUGGCACAGUGUGGAUGAAGUAUAUCUUUAUAGUGAUGCAACAACAUCUAAAAUUGCAAGAACAGUUACCCAAAAACUGGGAUUUUCUAAAGCAUCAAGUAGUGGUACCAGACUUCAUAGAGGUUAUGUAGAAGAAGCCACAUUAGAAGACAAGCCAUCACAGACUACCCAUAUUGUAUUUGUUGUGCAUGGCAUUGGGCAGAAAAUGGACCAAGGAAGAAUUAUCAAAAAUACAGCUAUGAUGAGAGAAGCUGCAAGAAAAAUAGAAGAAAGGCAUUUUUCCAACCAUGCAACACAUGUUGAAUUUCUGCCUGUUGAGUGGCGGUCAAAACUUACUCUUGAUGGAGACACUGUUGAUUCCAUUACUCCUGACAAAGUACGAGGUUUAAGGGAUAUGCUGAACAGCAGUGCAAUGGACAUAAUGUAUUAUACUAGUCCACUUUAUAGAGAUGAACUAGUUAAAGGCCUUCAGCAAGAGCUGAAUCGAUUGUAUUCCCUUUUCUGUUCUCGGAAUCCAGACUUUGAAGAAAAAGGGGGUAAAGUCUCAAUAGUAUCACAUUCCUUGGGAUGUGUAAUUACUUAUGACAUAAUGACUGGCUGGAAUCCAGUUCGGCUGUAUGAACAGUUGCUGCAAAAGGAAGAAGAGUUGCCUGAUGAACGAUGGAUGAGCUAUGAAGAACGACAUCUUCUUGAUGAACUCUAUAUAACAAAACGACGGCUGAAGGAAAUAGAAGAACGGCUUCAUGGAUUGAAAGCAUCAUCUAUGACACAAACACCUGCCUUAAAAUUUAAGGUUGAGAAUUUCUUCUGUAUGGGAUCCCCAUUAGCAGUUUUCUUGGCGUUGCGUGGCAUCCGCCCAGGAAAUACUGGAAGUCAAGACCAUAUUUUGCCUAGAGAGAUUUGUAACCGGUUACUAAAUAUUUUUCAUCCUACAGAUCCAGUGGCUUAUAGAUUAGAACCAUUAAUACUGAAACACUACAGCAACAUUUCACCUGUCCAGAUCCACUGGUACAAUACUUCAAAUCCUUUACCUUAUGAACAUAUGAAGCCAAGCUUUCUCAACCCAGCUAAAGAACCUACCUCAGUUUCAGAGAAUGAAGGCAUUUCAACCAUACCAAGCCCUGUGACCUCACCAGUUUUGUCCCGCCGACACUAUGGAGAAUCUAUAACAAAUAUAGGCAAAGCAAGCAUAUUAGGGGCUGCUAGCAUUGGAAAGGGACUUGGAGGAAUGUUGUUCUCAAGAUUUGGACGUUCAUCUACAACACAGUCAUCUGAAACAUCAAAAGACUCAAUGGAAGAUGAGAAGAAGCCAGUUGCCUCACCUUCUGCUACCACUGUAGGGACACAGACCCUUCCACAUAGCAGUUCUGGCUUCCUCGAUUCUGCAUAUUUCAGACUUCAAGAAUCGUUCUUUAAUCUCCCACAACUUCUUUUUCCGGAAAAUGUAAUGCAGAAUAAAGAUAAUGCCCUCGUGGAGUUGGAUCACAGGAUUGAUUUUGAACUCAGAGAAGGCCUUGUGGAGAGCCGCUAUUGGUCAGCUGUCACGUCGCAUACUGCCUAUUGGUCAUCCUUGGAUGUUGCCCUUUUUCUUUUAACCUUCAUGUAUAAACAUGAGCACGAUGAUGAUGCAAAACCCAAUUUAGAUCCAAUCUGAACUCUUGAAGGACAUGAAUGGCCUAAAACUGAUUUUUUUUUUUUUCCGUUAAAACGUGUGUGUCAAGAUACGGAGAUUUCAGGGUUCAAGUAUAUUUCAGUUUUCUUUAGGGCAACAUAUAUUUGAAUUUAAAAGCACUUUAUUUAAAAAAAAAAAAGUUUUCAGUUCUGAAGAAGUCAUUUACAGUUUGCAUCAUUUUAAUUAUGAGUCUGACAAAACCUUCUCCAGAGAAUCAAGCAAGACCUGGAUGUGAAGAAGGUUUGGGUAAACUGCAUGUAAAGGCUACAAAUCACAAUCUGAUUCCUCCCAAAUAUAAAGGCAUAUGGAACAUAAUGUAUUAACCAAAGUAUGUUAUAAAUUAAAAAUGGUCAAGGUUCAGCAUAUUCUAUAUGAAGAUCGCAAGGUGGUAUCGUUUUAGAUUUCUAUGAAGGCUUUCAUUUGUACAUCCCUUUGAAAAAAUAUAACAGAUUUAAAAUGUUUUGAAUUUAACUUGUUUAGAAAAACUAAUGCUUAAAACAAUAUUUGAACUACUGUAUUUAUAAUUUAUUACCUCUAAUUGCUUUAUUUCAGUGUAUGAGACAUUACUGUUUUAAUGUUUGCUUUGAACAUUAUUUAAGAACCAGAUUUAUUUUCUAUAGUGAUAAACCCUUUUUUCUCAGAACUCCAUCUUUGUACUCUUCAGAUGAAUAUAUAGACACUGUGGCAUACAUUUUUUUUCAUUAAAAACUUAUGGCUUCAUACAACACUAGUUCAAUUUUUUAAAUAAACUUUUUAUUAUGUUACAUGUACUUCAGAGAAAGCUAAAGUUUCUCUAAACUUGACACGGAGUACUCCAUAAUGGGUACAUUUCAUUAGCUUUAUUAGAAAACUAGUAAAUGCUUUUGAAUAGGUAGUAUGACAGCUAUUUUAAAUGUAUAAACAUUUGUGUGCCAAACAACAUAUAUGAAGGGAUGUGAUGCCACUAACUAGUGCACAUUGUUUCUCAAUGUGCCAUUGAGACACAAGGCACAGUAAGUCAGGAUUCUGAGGCAUUGGAAGGGUUUUCUUCAGCUGUAAUUGUUUCCACAGUGCUUUUCAUCUGAGGGGCUCAAAGUUUAAGAGUGCAUUCAAUAACCCAUGUACUAGCUUCUUGAGGUAAGUAAAUAAAUCUUGUUCUCAUGUUACAUGUUAAUACACCAAGGCACCAAAACAUUUAAAGUGCCGUCAAUUAGAUUACAUCAGAAAUCAGAAAAGCUUAGAUUGAGCUAGUCACCGUGGUUCACGCCUGUAAUCCCAACACUUUGGGAGGCCAAGAUGGUAGGAUCUCUUGAGCCCAGGAUUUCAAGACCAGCUUGGGCAACAUAGUGAGACCCCCUUCUCUGCAAAAACUGACAAAAAUUAGCCACUUGUAGUGGUGUACACCUGUAGUCCCAGCUACUCAAGAGGCUGAGGUGGGAGGAUCACCCGACAGAAGUUCGAAGCUGCAAUGAGCUCUGAUCACACCAAUGCACUCCAGCCUGGGUGACAGAGCCAGACCCUGUCUCUAAAAAACAAAAAAGAAAAGCUUGGGUUGAAGCCAGGCCAUAUUCUUUUAUAUGCUGUUCAAUGACUUGAUUCACAUGUGACCUUUUAGUAGUUUGCAAACAAUAAUAACAGAAGUUGCAAUUCAUAAUUCAGAGAAAUGACCAUGAAGCCGGUGUUUCCCUGCUUGAUUUCUAUGUUCUUGGAUUCUCACACAAAAGAGGAGUUACCUAGAGGGGAUCAGUAGCCAUCCCUGUUGCACACAACCCUCACUUCUGAGUGGUUUCCACUAGGUUCCACUUAAGGUGCUGUCUUUUCUUAACUUGCAAGGAAUUGCUUAGCUUCCCAAUAAUCAUUGUCAAACUGGGAGCAAAGUUGGUCAGCUGUAUCUCUCACCUCCUCCUUUCUUCAUAAGAUAGUAGAAUCUGUGGCUUACUUGUAGGUUUUACUUAGUGCUUCAGUACUGUUGGCUGUUUUGGCCUUUUGCUGAAUUUGCACAACAACAUAAAGCACUUCUUUUUAAUGUUUAAAAAAAAUUCCAAGGCUCCAUGACCAAGUAUGUGACUCACUAAGAAACCCUUGCUAUAAAAGGCUUUUGAUGAAAUCUUAGCAAAGCUAAAGUAUCUCUAACUUAGAGAUUCCUAUGAACUCAGGUCAUUUUCAUAGCCUGUUUAUUUUGUAGGUCUAAUUUAGUUCUCAGGAAAAUUAAACUCAUGCUAUAUGACUGUAUCGUUAAAGGUACUUGAGCAUAUGUUGCUGUAGGUGGUAUGACACUCAAAUGCAUAAGAACUUGAAGGGAUUUAUUCUUAACUACUAGAAUAUGAAGAGCCCUUUUUACCUGAGAAGAGUGAAAUUAUGUCAGACCUUUUAAUUUGAUAUCACUGAGUAAAAGGUAUGUUCCUAUAGCCAUAGGAAUAUGUCUGCUUCCUUUUUUUCAUGUUGAGAAAACAGUCAAAUUUAACCAUUUGGAGUUUAUUUGAAUUCUUGGAAAGAGCAAUAUUCAAAACCUUUUCAAAAAUAAGAUGUUCUGGACUACUGGAUGGAUGUUUUGUUUUCAGUUCAUUUUUCAUCAGUAGAGAUGGUGAUUUCAGUUUUGUAGUAUCCUUGUUUCUAUGUCUGUGCAUGUUAACAUUGGAUGUAUUUGUAUAUACUUAAUUAAUAUACAGACUGUGUGUCAUUCUGGCUUGAUUAGAAGCUAAGUCAGUUACUGAGUAACAUUUUGCAACUUUAUUCCAGCAAGUACUAAAUCGGCCAAAAAAAGUUUUGUUUUUGAUACCAUUAAAAUUUUAUUCUCUA